AUGACCCCGCCCCUUUCUCCCGCUUUGCAUCUUCCCGCCCCAUUCUCCCGCUUUCCAUCACCCCGCCCCAUUCUCCCGCUUUCCAUCACCCCACCCCAUUCUCCCACUUUCCAUCACCCCGCCCCAUUCUCCCCCCUUCCAUCACCCCGCCUCUUUCUACCUCCUUCCAUCACCCCGCCCCAUGCUCCCGCUUUCCAUCACCCCGCCCCAUUCUCCCGCUUUUCAUCACCCCGCCCCAUUCUCCCGCUUUCCAUCACCCCGCCCCAUUCUCCCGCUUUCCAUCACCCCGCCCCAUUCUCCCUCCUUCCAUCACCCCGCCCCAUUCUCCCUCCUUCCAUCACCCCACCCCAUUCUCCCGCUUUCCAUCACCCCGCCCCAUUCUCCCGCUUUCCAUCACCCCGCCCCAUUCUCCCAUCACCCCGCCCCAUUCACCCGCUUUCCAUCACCCGCCCCAUUCUCCCGAUUUCCAUCACCCCGCCCCAUUCUCCCGCUUUCCAUCACCCCGCCCCAUUCUCCCGCUUUCCAUCACCCCGCCCCAUUCUCCCGCUUUCCAUCACCCAGCCCCAUUCUCCCACUUUCCAUCACCCCGCCCCAUUUUCCCGCUUUCUAUCAAGCUGCCCCAUUCUCACGCUUUCCAUCACCCUGCCCCAAUCUCCCGCUUUCCAUAACCCCGCCCCAUUCUCCCUCCUUCCAUCACCCAGCCCCAUUCUCCCGCUUUCAAUCACCCCGCCCCAUUCUCCCGCUUUCCAUAACCCCGCCCCAUUCUCCCUCCUUCCAUCACCUGCCCCGGUCUCCCUCCUUCCAUCACCCCGCCCCUUUCUCCCUACUUCCAUCACCCCGCCCUAUUCUCCCGCUUUCCAUCAGCCCACCCCAUUCUCCCGCUUUCCAUCACCCCGCCCCAUUAUCCCGCUUUCCAUCACCCCGCCCCAUUCUCCCGCUUUCCAUCACCCCGCCCCAUUCUCCCGCUUUCCAUCACCCUGCCCCAUUCUCCCGCUUUCCAUCACCCCGCCCCAUUCUCCCGCUUUCCAUCACCCCGCCCCAUUCUCCCGAUUUCCAUCUCCCCACCCCAUUCUCCCUCCUUCCAUCACCCUGCCCAAUUCUCUCUAUUUCCAUCACCGCUCCCUAUUCUCCCUCUUUCCAUCACCCCGCCCCAUUCUCCCGCUUUCCAUUAACCCGCCCCAUUCUCCCGCUUUCCAUCAACCCGCCCCAUUCUCCCGCUUUCCAUCAUUCCGCCCCAUUCUCUCGCUUUCCAUCACCCCGCCCAAUUCUCCCUCUUUCCAUCACCCCGCCCCGUUCUCCCGCUUUCCAUCACCCCGCCCCGUUCUCCCGCUUUCCAUCACCUCGCCCCAUUCUCCCCCUUUCCAUCACCUUGCAACAAGGGCCUAG